AUGACAAACUUUAUCCUGACUUCUUCAGGCCCACUGCCUCUUACAAAUCAGCUCGAAAACCUUCCAGUUGAACUAGUAAGGAUGAUCGCGGCCUCACUCAAAGAUGAGGAAGAUAUUGCCACCUUCUCCCUCUGUAAUCAGGACCUGUUUUGCGUCCUUAAAGGCAUGGUUACCCCCAAGCUCAUCGCAUACGUCGCGGCCUGCGGCACCGAGCCCAGAUCUAUCUCCAUGGCGAUCCGGAAACUAGGAGCAAAUACCAUGACUCAAGCCCUAACGAUGGACGUCAAUGGCAUCUACGCUCUUGAGGCAGUAGCCCGGGGAAGGCGCACGGACAUCUACAGAGUCCUUCAGCCAUUCGUCACACGCGGGCACGAAAGCAUACUGAGAGCUUUCAAAGAAUCCGUCUCGCUCAAAAUUAAGCUGGCCAAACUGGCAGUCGAGGCAUUCCGACAUAUCUGCAAUUACUCCACUGCUUUAGUCGCCGCAGCCCUUCUCCCCCAUAUGUACCCUCACCUCCGCGUACAAGCCUGUACUGGAUCUCUAGAGGGGGUGGUUACUUCUGGUGAGGUAGAUCUCCUGCAGGUCCUAAUCAAUGGAGGAGCCAAUCUCGAUACGUUCUUUGUCGAGGAUCACAUCCCCCCGGAUAGACACACAGCGCUACAUUGGCUCGCAAUGUACGGGCUGUGGUCGAACAAAAACGAUCAGUUCGUCGAGCCGAUGGUGCGAAUGCUUACCGCCGCAGGAGCAAAUGUCAACGCCGUUGACUUCCAGGGCCGGACCCCGCUCCAUGAGCUUGCCCUUGGAGGCUCACAGGCUGUCAUUGAGCAUUAUUCUUUCCCGGACGAGCUCACGACCCAGACAGUCGAGUGGACCUACAAAUGCACAUUGGGAUAUCUGUUUCGUGCGGGGGCGGAUGUUAAUAUGCAGGACGACCUUGGGAUGACGGCUCUCCAUUUUGCUGUCAAGAAGCAGGAGACGGUUAUGAUUGAGCUGCUUCUUGCGCACGGUGGUAUCAAUGUACUGCUUGAGAAUCAUGAAGGCAUUCGCGCCAGCAUGAUGAGUGGCGAGGAUGACUUCCAAAUACUUGCGGUAGAACAAGAUCAGAUGAACUUACAAUAG